GCUAGCCUCUACUCCCGACCCCGUCAGUACCAUGAAGUUCGCCGCCUUCGCCGCCACCGCCGCCACGCUCGUCGCCGUCUCCAACGCCGCCGCUUGCGACGUGACCUCGCUCCAGACGCUGCUGACCUCGUCGGACACUACCACGUGCGCGUCGGACUCGGGCUACACGGUCACCUCGCUGGCCACGCCCACAGACGCCGAGAUGAAGAUCAUGUGCACCAGCACGGCCUGCCAGUCGGUGCUCAACCAGCUCGAGACGCUCGCCCCGUCGGAGUGCACCCUGGGCGCGUUCGCCCUGUACGCGGACCUGAUCACCCCGCUGACCAACUACUGCUCGGGCGCUUCGUCGACUGUCGGCUCGUCGGCCACCACUGCCACUGCCGGCUCGUCGGCCAGCACUACCGCUACCGUGGGCUCGGCCGCCGGCUCCAGCACGUCUGCUACCGUGACGACCAGCUCCACGGGCUCGGCUGCGUCGACCCCCGCGACGUCUUCGACCUCGUCGACGACCUCUAGCGGAUCCAGCACUUCGCAGACCGCUUCGUCCUCGUCGGCCGCGUCGGCUGCCGCCUCGGCCUCGGCCAGCAGCAGCGCCAGCAUGGCCGCCGUGUCGGCCGGUGCCGUCGUCGCCGCCGUCGUCGCCACCUUCUUCUAAGCGUAGCAGCCUAUGAAGGCCGGUUUUGGCCCCAUUAUACGAUUAUAUAGUGUCCACGUAGCGGAUUCGCUACUGCACCUUCAC